ACGAAGACCAGCGCAGUUCUGGACCAAGGUGAUUGUCAAAGCAGUAGCGGAUCAGGAUCAAUCUCCCCAAUUUUCUUUCCCACGCUUUCCUUACCGGCAAUUUUGGGUUUCCGUUUUCGGCGUCCUCGCUAAGUCGUACUGAGUAGUGUACUCAUUGAAGCUCUUUUCGGGUUUUAACUGGAAAUGUUUUUAGCGUAGCGGGGCCUUGUUCGUUGAAGAACUAUUAUUACUUCCGCAUCCUUGCCUGAUUGUUGGAGAUUGUUCUUGGACAAGUUGUGUUUGAUUUCGUUGUGUUUGUCAGCAAACAUUACUGCGUGGGUCGUCAAACGCUUGUGGGUGAAUCUGAAUCCGCGGGGGUCGCAAUCGUCCGAGUAGAAAUAUUCGCACACCUGUUCGAGUGCAGUGGGAAAGGUUCUGCGAGGUGUGCCUCUGAGAAAUGAGCCGCCUUCCUGGAGUGGCCGUUUACGAUCCACCUCUGCUACUGAUUUCAGCGGGGGCGGGGCCUGGAGUUGGGCGCGGCCAAGGUAGGAAGCAGGGCUACAUGGCUUCAGCAAAAGGAGCGUGCCAAAGGAUUCAGGACAUUCAGGCCCAGGUGCGGGAGUGCAUUAGUAUAGGAGCCAUGCUGUACAACUCUGGAGAGAUACGCGCAUGCUUCUGGCUAUACUAUGGAUGUGCGCAACAGUUACAACAAAUCCUGGGGCCUUUAAAGCGGCAGAAUCCGCAUGGAGUUGUAGCUCCUAUUGGAAGUGGACACGAGGGAAGACUCACUGGGACGGUGGAUGGGGAAAAUGCUGCAGACUUCGGGACUCAUCAGUAUGCCCGAAAUGCAGACGGAAGAUCCAAUCUGUCAAGAGAAGGCGACGACGGGCAAGCUUGGAAGCUUCGCAGUGCGGCUGAGGCACUCUGGAGCGCGACGUGCGUGGUGCAGUGGGUAGAUCCAGAUGCUGAUGCAUGGGCGCUGCGGCGUGGAUUUGACGCAGUGUUGGCUCUCUCGUGUGAUGUGACGAGUGGAGCCAUGCAAGCAAACCUGCAUGUUAAUAGCCUCGCUCAUGUGAUUGAAGGCGGGUAUGAUUCGACACUAGAGGCAGAAACUGCAAGUGUUGGUGGUGUAAGGACGGCGCCACAGACAGGAGGCAUGCACUUGCUGGGACCGUCUUCGCCAGAGGAAAUCCGUUUGACAGUUGAAGAAGAUUCGCGAAAAGGUACCAAAGAGGUCCACGCCGGUUCGGAAUUCAUGGGGGCAUCGCUUAUGGCGCUCGAAUGCGAAUCGGGUAGGGAUAACCAACAAACCCAGGGGAGUGAGCCGGUGCGGCCUCGGGGUGCAAAGAUUGACGGCACAACGGAUGUACAUCUAUCUACUGCAAGAGUGAGAGAAGUUUGGAAUUGAUUUGGAAGAAUGCCAGAGUUUGUGAGUUUGGAACUUGCUGCAGGUAGCGAUAGCCCUAUGUAUAGCAUGUUUUGUGUUGCUUAUCUAUAAGCGUUGAAGAUUUGAUAACUGAUGUUCCUAGGUUUGGGAGCGUCUUUUGGACGGUGGAUGACAAGUAUGACUAGGACCGGUAGGACAGUAUCUUAUUCUAACAUCCAGCGACAGAUCUACAGCAUUUGCAUAUUUUAACGACAGAUACUAGUGAGUGCUGGGGUAAUAGUUGCUAAGAGGACCAUUGUUAUGGCGCUCUUCAUUAGGUACAACCAGUCUUCGGAAGCCACGCAGCGGUGAAUUUAGUUUCGGGUGUUGGGUUUCCAGUGGAAUCGCCUUUCAAUAGCUUUUGGCACGGCCUGCUACAGGGGGACCGACAACGGCGGGAAAGAACUGAACCACAGGAGCCAACGCUCGCCGGCACGCAGGCACAGCAUCAUUACCGAGUUGGUCCAGGGAGCAAGACGAGAGCGGCAAUAGAUGAGGGCGACACCGAUACUCUUUGCGACGAUGUUGCAGCGGCCGCACGCGCAGAAAGUAGCGGAGACAGACUUCCGCGCGGUCCACUAAGUUCAGUGCAGGCGCUAUCGCCGCCUCUCGUUGUUACUCGUGAGGUAGGGGUCGGGAAGGUUUUCUUAUCCGCAGUUCCGAAGGUAUUCGUCCCGCUGGUCGGCGCAGAAACCAGGCUGAUGGUAACGCGAGACGAGCAGUCAUUUUGCCGCGUGCUUCCUCGUGUCGACAACUAUCGCGAUGUGAAUUACGUUCGCGUCUCGCGUCUGCCUAGUAUGGUAUUCUCUGGAUGGUGUUCGCUUACUGGAUAUUGCCAGCUUCGAGCGGCGUCGGCAGUGCCACUUGUCUUGUCCGCGUACUAUGGAAUCUACAUACGUGCAAUUGUGGGCGACCAAUUCUCGGAGGGGACGCUGAGGCUGACUGUGAAUGACUCUUCGUGUGAUAAGACGAGUUUCUUUUCAGUCGCAGUGCAGUUCCGACGCGAUUUCGCUGGAAUAGGGAAGAUUGAGGGUGUCGGGACGGUCGCUGAUGAUGGCUCAGGUAUUUUUUGUCGGCUCUUUGUUGUAAUGCAAAGUAGGUCUCUCGUUAUCCAUCUGUUGUAGUGGUUCAUAGUUAGUUUCUUCUCUUUCGAAAGCCACUUUUUUUCAGCUGAUUAGAGCAUCCACCUCAGUUACACACCUGAUUCCGUUCGCGGGUCACGGGUGGGAGUUCCUGCGGGAGAUGGAGCCUGCUGGGACUGCGCGCAGGCUCGACACAGACGCAGUGACGCAGGUGGGGCUGCUGGUCAAGGGAGCUGGGCGUGACUUCGCCAUCGAGUUGCAGGAGAUUGGUCUCUACCGAUCCUGAAGCGCGAAGGUUCGUCGCAACGUGGAAUGCUGAUGUGAAGCGUUUCUCUGUGUCACACGCGCAGCUGACUAGGAACCCACACGCCGAGGACGGAUCGAGGACCUCGAUGGACAGGAUGCGGAAUACGGAUUCGUAAAGCGACUGGCAGGUAGACGAAUAUCUUUUGUAUGGUCUUUCAUGAAGGUGUACAGUAUACUUGUUUGUUGACUCUGUGCAUCACAUUUGUUCGUGAUGAUAUUGUAGUUUGUGGCUCGUGCAUGCUUCAAGAGCGAAAGUCAUGAAAAUCAUAGCAUGCUUUGUUCGCGAAGGACAAGAAAAGGACAUCGUAAGCAGGUGUAUAGCAGUUGUUCUUCUGUAACAUGCAGCCCAGUGUGGCCUAUGAUAAUUGACUUACAGUUGAAGAGGACGGUGUGAUGCGAAUCUGUAAGAAUUAGGUACGAGUAGUUGAGGCAUGAAGCAGAAGACAUGCCUCGGAGGAGUGUUUGUGCGAUUGUGUUCAUAACUGGAAC